AUGAGCACCGACAACAUCUUCGGCUGUUCGGACCUGCUCGUCGCCAUCGCGGGCGUCGCAGUGCUGGUGGAUGCUAUUGGGUCUCAACAGGCCCCAGUGGAUUUGACGAAAUGGAUUGGGUUUUGGUCGUACGAUGUCAUGAACGAUCUCGCAUUUGGAGGCGGAACUGAGAUGAUCAGGGACGGGGAUGUAGACGGCCUUUGGCACCUAUUGGAGGCAGGACAAAGGAAUUCGAUCAUCCUAGGACACCUCCCCUGGCUCGGGUCGCUGUUCCUCCGGUUGCCGUAUUUCGCAAGUGAUUUGAAGGCAUUUCGGGCGCACGCUAAGAAAUGCGCACUCCAGAGGAAGCACAAGCCAUCCCCUUACAAAGAUCUUUUCUACUACUUGAUCGACGAAGACGACGCGAACAAACAUCCACCAUCCGUGGUCGAGGUAAUUAACGACGGAGGAUUGGCAAUAAUAGCAGGAUCGGACACGACAUCCAGCGCCGUCACAAACCUUUUCUACUACCUCCUCCGACACCCAGUCGCGUUCAGGCGCCUUCAGUCGGAGAUUGACUUUCUCGGGGAUGAUAUCCUGGACUUCACCAAGCAGAGUCACCUCCCCUAUCUGAACAGUGCUUUGAAUGAAUGUCUACGUCUUCUUCCUCCAGUCCUGUCCGGCUCCCAGCGCGCACCGGAAAGAGGCACCGGAGGGGCAAGCAUCGGCCCAUACUUCAUUCCCGAGGGCACGAACGUUUUCAUCCCGACAUACAGUGUUCAACGAGACCCGCGCUUCUUCUACCCCCUACCAGAAUCCUUCAUCCCAGAGAGGUGGCUACCACCUGAACAGCGAGAAGCCCUCGAACCAUCCAUCUUCAACUCGCGUACUCCUUUCAUUCUCAACACCGCUGCAUUCACUCCGUUCAGCAUCGGGACAGCCGGCUGCGCCGGAAAGAGUCUCGCAUGGAUGGAAAUGCGGAUGCUAGUUUGCCUAAUCAUGCAAAGAUACAACAUGCACCUAGCUGAUUUCUACGAUCCCGAGCAAUACCUCUCAGAGAUGAAAGACUACUUCAUAAUGAUAAAGGGAGAGCUGCCCAUUGUCCUUACACCUCGCAUUCAGCAGAGAUGA